GCACGCACGCCGGCCGCUUUAUAAGGUGUGAGUGCCUCAACUUGUGAGAAGAGGAGGGCGAGAGACACACAGCAAAGGGGGAGCAGCUUGUGCGCUUUCUCCCCCCCGCUCUACACUGACUUGGAUAUAUGAACAGCCAAGGCGUGUGGUUAUUCGCAGAGAACCGAAGCAGACGCGUGUGUUUGUUCUUGCGGACGGACUAGCGAGCGGGACGCGGCGCCAUGGACUCCUGGAUAAAGUUCAUCUUCAUGGUCGCCACCUUUUGCUGGGAAGCGCGAGCGGAGUUUGACGGCAGGUGGCCGCGGCAGAUGGCGUCGUCCAACGGGCUGUGCCGCUACGGCGCUAGGGUGGACUGCUGCUGGGGAUGGACGCGCCGAUCUUGGGGUCACUGCCAGCCUCCCUCCGCCUUAACUCGCAGGCUAGUCGGGAUAAGGUGCCAGCCCCAAGCACUUUGCCCGUCGGGCUGCAAGCACGGAGACUGCGUGGGGCCGAACAAGUGCAAAUGUCACGCCGGAUUCACGGGAAAGACCUGCAAUCAAGAAGAACAGCUGGACUAUUUGACGCCACAGAUGUGGUCCAGUCACCUACCUAUAUUUCUACCGGUGGACCAUCAUCCGGUGACGGAGGAUCUGAACGAGUGCGGACUGAAGCCGCGGCCCUGCAAACACAGGUGCAUGAACACCUACGGCAGCUACAAGUGUUACUGCCUCAACGGCUUCAUGAUGAUGCCCGACGGGACCUGUGGAAACCUUCGCACUUGUGGCAUGGCCAACUGCCAGUACGGCUGCGAGGUUCUUAAAGGAGAGGUCCGAUGUCAGUGUCCGUCUCCGGGGCUGCAGCUGGCUUCGGAUGGCAGAACCUGCGUGGACGUGGAUGAAUGUGCAAGCGGGAUCGCUGUGUGCCCAAGGUUCCGGAAGUGCAUCAACACCUUUGGCAGCUACAUCUGCAAGUGCCACGAUGGCUUUGACCUGCAGUACAUCAAUGGGAAAUACCAGUGCAUCGACGUUGACGAGUGUUCUUUGGAGAUCGGUCGCUGCGGCGUCUACGCCACCUGCUUCAACACGCCGGGCUCGUACAAGUGCAAGUGUAAAGACGGCUACAGGGGGAUGGGCCGCGACUGCAAACCCAUUCCCAAGGUGGCCAUAGAGCCGCCGAGGCCAGGCAAACUGCCACCCAGCUACCACAACCACCUGCCCGGAAUCGACCAGAGGAGGACCACUACUACGCAACGCCCUGCACUGACUCAUAGGUGGGUGUUCACCAUCCCCCCCAAAACCACGACGACCGCCGCGCCAACGACGACGACGGCUGCUCCGAAAAGAAAGACGACAACAUCACCGCGCAAGCCGGCGACCCAGAAGCCCUUCGUCCCCACCAGGAGGCCGCCGGCACCCACUCGCAAGCCUUACGUCCCGCCAGAGCCGGAGACCCCGGCAGCGACUCCGUCGCCCCCUCCACAGUUAACCACUGUAGACAACAGCAUCCACAAGGACGUGACCAAGCAACGAGGAGACGUGCACAUCCCACGGAAUCACAACCACAAUGCAGUUCUGGACUUCGACAUUGAGCUGGGCAACACGGCCGAUGAAGCCAAGGAUGACCCUGAUUCUGGUUUCCUGAGCUGCUCCUUUGACGACGGCCUCUGCGGAUGGAUCAGAGACAACGACGGUGACGUGCACUGGGAGACCACGCCUGACCCAGCAGGCGGUCGCUACCUGACCAUCCCCGAAGUGGGUGACAAGAGGACAGGGCGGGGAGCGAGGCUCGUCCUCCCUUUAGGCCCUCCUUGGAACGAGGGCAACCUUUGCCUGUCGUUCCGCCACAAGCUGGCGGGCCACCACGUCGGCAUGCUGCAGGUGUUCGUGAAGAAGGGCAACCGCUACAGCCCGGCCGUGUGGGGGAGGACUGGUGGAAACGGCUGGAGGCAAACCCAGAUAACGCUGUGGGGGGCGGGGCUAGAGAGCGUGGUCCUGAAGGGAGAGCGUGGCCGGGGACGCAGCGGCGAGAUGGCGGUGGACGACAUCUCACUGGCGAAAGGCUCCUGCGCGGACGACCGCAACCCGACGGGCCUCUGACGCGCCGGCUUUCAGGGAGAAACCAGGAAGUAUAAAAAAACUAUUUGACGAUCUCGAAGAGACGUGACACUUGGCGGGGCUCCCCUUUGACGCAUUUGGCGCCCCUUUGCGUCCAAACUAGUGUACAGCGGCACAGUGUGCUUCCCGAAAUGCUGAACUUGACAUCAGCCUCAUCUGACUUGGAGGCCUGCGCCCGUUUGGUUGUCACGGUAAUGUUCACCGACAACCCAAAACUCCCACUGCUGCCCAUUUAGCCGCUUUGCUCAUCACCGUGGUCACGCCAGUAGUGGCCACGCCUGUUCUUUCUUACACUUCUGAGCAGAUCAAAAUGACAAAAGAUUAUCGGGUCCAUGAAUGAGAAAUGUGAGCAAUUCCACUGAAACCAGAUGCCAUAUUUUGUCGACUACAUAUCGCUUCGCAUUAUAAAUUGGACUAGUCGAAAAAUGGCUCCUAGUUAAAUUUUUGGGGGCAAAUGUAUGUCAAUCGCGAUUUGUCGCCAAGUAGCUUAAACACAGUUACAAGUAUUACAAAAGAGCAGUUUAAAAGAAAUGCUGACCAAAAUGCACAUUUCUACUGCUAGUGCUAACUUACGCUCCCAUUAGCUUAGGAGGCUACAACGGCGAUUUUGUCAGCUUUAUUAAACUUUCAUAGCAUGCACACAGCCUUUUACUCAGUUUCAGAUAAAUGUCGACCGAUAUAUCAGCUGGCCGAUAUAUCAUGGUAUAUAAAUUGGCUAUUGACUGAUAUAACAGGAUAACUCUUACGCUCAAUGAUGUUUCUUAUUAAGGUCCACCGAUAUAUUGGCCGGCUGAUAUAUCAGGCCAAUAUAUGGAUUUUUUUUUUUAAGUUCAUCCAAUAUCAGCAGAUAUAAUAGGGCAAUUGUUUUGGGUGAAGAUUUUUGUUCAAUGUGAUUUUGCACCAUCUAGUGACUAGUGUUAUAUAAGGAAGUUGCUGUGAAUGUAUACAGUCGUACCUCAACAUACGAUCUCUUCGACCCAUGAUCUUUUCGAGAUCCGACAUAAAAUUUGACUCGUCAUUUGUUUUUACAUCCGACGACAUGCUUGAAAUACGACGAUUUUUGACAGCGCUGCAGUUUCCCUGUUUUGCCGGAAGACGGACGCACGGCUGAUUUUCUUAAGAGAAAUCAACAGUGGAUCCAAAAAGGUUAGUGCAGGUGGAGAAACAAAAAAGGUGGCGCUUACGAAAUCAGCAGCUUCGUCAGGUUAUUAAUCAUUUAUUCCAUCAACUUGUGCGACACAACACGCCUAGUGUCCGCUGUUGUUGACGCCAGCAUCAAGACAAAAAGUAAAAUAGAACCACGCUCUCUUGCUCACUGUCUCGUAAGCCCUGCGGUGCGUUCAGGUACAGCAAAAAAAAAAGCAUGCCACAUUAAAACCCGAUUUGUUACAAUAUUACAGGUAUUAUUAUUAUUACUAUUGUUAUUAUUACCGUAUUAACCUGAAUAUAAGACGAUAUUUUUUGCAUUGAAAUAAGACUGAAAAAGUGGGGGUUGUCUAGACAUUAUACCCAUUCACGACGCUAGAUGGCGCCAGAUUAUCAUUGAAGCGACUCAAGUUUAACCAGUUUCCAUUAUUUUAUUGCAAUGUUUUUCCUUAUUCAGAUUUGUUUCAAGACUAGUUACAGUUAGACUUCACUUUGAUGGUUAAUAGAGUUAUUGCAAUUUUGUUGUUUUAUCAUAAUAGAUUGGUUUAUUUACAUUUCAAAAACCAGAAGACAUUCAUUUACGAAUGUGAUUGCACUUUAGUUUACAUAUUUAAAUGUUCAGAUUUUAAGAUUUGAAUGAGGCAAAAUAACAUGCUUUUUCUCUCAAAAAUAUUGUUGUAAUCAUUUGUUUCAGAUGUACUGUAAUUAUUUUCUGUAUAAAAAUUAAUUUGGUGGUCAAAAAGUCUUUUUUUCAAACUUGAGUCUUGAAAAAGAGGGGGUCGUAUUAUAAUAAGGGCCGUCUUAUAUUUGGGCCAAUAUGGUAUUAUGGGCUAUGGUCCAUCCUCUUACUCGACUUGAUGAAAUAAUGCAUUAGCUUCCGCUAAAUUUAGUUUUCGAUUCAUUUCGCACAUUUCAAAGUCGCUCGCUUAAUCCAACCAGCCUUCGCUCGCUACCUCGCCUGCCUCUCCUUAGGUGGCGCCUCGUUCGGCACUUUCUUAAAAAUGUUCAUAUUACGUCCGUCUUUCGUGACCUCACAAUGGCUCCUGAGAUAUGUAGUCUUUCGUGGUGCUUUCGGUUUUGAAAAAGGACAAGAAAUGAUGGAAAUAUGGACAUAAACACAUGGUCCAUGCAGUGUUUCACUGCUUAUUUAUGAGGGCAAUAAAACUUAAAUGACAUUAUCUCCUGUUUUACUUGGUCGAUUGACUAUAAGUAAAAACAGGCGUGGACAUCAACUUCUGCACUUUCAAAUGAGACCAACCAGAGGCACGUGGGUGACGUAAUUACAGCUUGACGAGUUUUCAAAGAUGCUAUGCGUAAAUGUGUAGCUAGCGACACGUCUGGUGUUAAAGGGUAACCAAUAUCAAGAUCAGUGGUUGUUAACCUGGGUUCGAUCGAACCCCAGGGGUUCGGUGAGUAAGUGUAAGGAGUUCGGCGAAGGUAAAGAAACUCAGAGCCCAAUUUUCGUAUGCUGAUUUAAUCUAGGCGCAUUGGCUUUUUAGACCAGCUUAUUUACAGUCUUAAUCAAUUUCUUUUAACUGCUCGUCCUCGAUCUGAUGAGAGGAGGAACUGGUUUGCUCAGUGGAAAGUUGACUCGCACUUGGUAUGAGGGAAUACAACAGACCAAUGGGCAGCGUGGUCUCAAAUUUUGACGUGUUUAUAAAACAUACUGUCAAAAUGAGAAGAAUUUUGAACGGGAACUUGUUGAAUUAUUAGCUUGCUAGCUUAUAUAUAUCGGUUAAUUCUGAAGGGUUCGGUGAAUCCACAUGUGAAACUUGUGGGGUUCGGUAUCUUUAAUAAGGUUAAGAACCACUGAUCUAGAUAUUGUCCAACUCCAAAAAUCCAAUAUCGAUAUCAUACUGAUAAGUGCGGUUGUGGACUUAGCAUUGCUUAGCUUGGCGAAUUGUAUUGUGGUGCCCCACUGGAGCUCCCAAACAUCUUAUUUUGGAGACAUCUAAUGGCCAAUAAGCAUAACUGCUGUGCUAAGCUGUGACGACUGACUAGCCCUUGUACACAGGCAGAAUGCUUCUACAUUCAGUUCGAAGACAACAUCCAUAUUGGCUCCAAACGAAUAAUGAAAAACCGAUGUCAUAUUAUCCGACAUCAUUUUAAAAUCGCUUUUAUCGGCCGAUAUUAUCGACUCUAAGACUAUUUAACAUUUGACAUUGUAACAUUUUAUGUCACACCUAAGUAUAAGUCAAAGGUACAGCCAAACUGAAAAAAAGUGCAACUCUUAGUUCGGAAAAUCCAGUACUUGGUCAAAAGAAAUAAAAUUAGAUAUACCUACUAAUGCUUUCGACAAGCUUUUAAAAAACUGCGAAGAUAUUUGAAAUACAACAAGAAUUUGAUAAAAUUCAACAUUACAUGAUCUGACAAAUGAUUAGACAUUUUGCCUUUCAUAAGUCCAUUAAUAAACAUUUAUUCAACUCGACAGAUUUCUGCUUCUGUAUCAUUUUGAUCAUUUAGUGAAAAUUGGCGCCGUCAUCCACCAUUCAAAAAACAAGGCAUUCAAAGAAGAGAAGAGGUUCCCCACAGUCAAACAUGGUGGAGGUUCCCUGAUGCUAUGUGGUCGCUUUGCUGCCUCUGGCACUGGACUGCUUGACCGUGUGCAUGGCAUUAUGAAGUCUGAAGACUACCAACAAAUUUUGCAGUAUAAUGUAUGGACCAGUGUGAGAAAGCUGGGUGUCCCUCAGAGGUCAUGGGUCUUCCAGAAGGACAAUGAUCCAAAAAGCACUAGAAAAUGGUUUGGGAGAAAGCACUGGAGUCUUCUAAAGUGGCCAGCAAAGAGUCCAGACCUGAAUCCAAUAGAACACCUCUGAAGAGAUCUGAAAAUGGCAGUUUGGAGAAGGCACCCUUCAAAUCUCAGAGACCUGGAGCAGUUGACCAAAUAAGAAUGGUCUAAAAUUCCAGCAGAGCAUUGUAAGAAACUCAUUGAUGGAUACCGGAAGCGGUUGUUCGUAGUUACAGUAUUUUGUCAAAAGAGGUUGUGCUACCAAGUAUUAAGCUGAGGGUGCCAAUACUUUCGUCCAGCCCAUUUUUGGAGUUUUGUGUAAAAUGUAGGGCUGUCAAACGAUUAAAAUUUUUAAUCGAGUUAAUCACAGCUUAAAAAUUAAUUAAUCGCAAUUCAAACGAUCUAUAAAAUAUGCCAUAUUUUUCUGUAAAUCAUUGUUGGAAUGAAAAUAUAAGACACAAGACGGAUAUAUACAUUCAACGUACGACUGUAUUUGUUUAUUAUAACAAUAGAUCAACAAGAUGGCAUUAACAUUAUUAACAUUCUCUUAAAGCGAUCCAUGGAUAGAAAAACUUGUAGUUCUUAAAAGAUAAAUGUUAGUACAAGUUAUAGAAAUUUUAUAUUAAAACCCCUCUUAAUUUUUUUUUUUUAAUUAAAAUUUGUAAACUUUUCAGUCGAAAAAUAAACUAGUAGCUCGCCAUUUGUUGAUGUCAUUACACCAUGCUUACUCCCCAAACCCAUAAAAUCAUUUGGACCCAAGCGCCAGCAGAGGGCGCCAAACAACAAAAAAACAAGAAGUAACAAGCGGACAUUACACAUCUGUCAUUUUAAUCUGAGCGGUGCAUGUGCGUUAAUUGCGUCAAAUAUUUUAACGUGAUUAAUUAAAAAAAUUAAUUACCGCCCGUUAACGCGAUCAUUUUGACAGCCCUAGUAAAAUGAUAGUAAAUUUUUUUUUUUUUUUUUUUUUUUUUUUUUUAUGUUUUUUCAUUGCAAGCAAAAUAAAGAUAUUACUACCAAAGCAUUUGUAAUUGCAAUAAUUUUCUGGGAGAAAUUGAUCAUUAUCUGACAAAAUUGCAGGGGUGCCAAUACUUUUGGCCAGCAUUCUAUAUGUAAUCUGGUUUUGGUGGAACGGCUCACAAUAUAACACGAGAUUAAAGUUGACAAUUUACACAACUGUUGUUGUUCUACAUGAAAAUGUUCAAGGAAAUGAAGUAUUUUGAUGACAAGUACUGUUUAAAGAAGAAAGUUGAAAUUUCAUGAGAACAAAAUUAAAUUGCAGUUAUCCGAUGUUAAUUUGGGGUGUUGCGUCGAAGACCCGCGACGGAGAGGGAAAAAGAACUGAUUCUCACAUUAUUUUUUAGGCUAAAAUAGUUAAGACAAUUGACUUGCUGUUGUAGUUUUACAAAGGCAAUUUAUGACAGAAAACUUUAAAAUUAAUAUGAGACGAAAAAGAAAAGGUAUAAAGUAUUUUUUUCUUGAGAAAAAGUGGCUAAAUCAUGCAUAUGAUGAUCAUGCUGGGGGAAAACAUUGGGUAUCGCAUGAAGAGUCGUAUUUUUUAAAUGGUAUUUAAAAAAUAUUCUGAAAGGAUUCUGCAAUUUUACGAGAUAUAUUCAUCAUGAAAAUGUCAUUAUGUCAAGGGCGUAGGUUUGCAUAGGGACCGUAGGGACAUGUCACUACCAACCUUUCAGGAUGCUUAAAUUGUCCCCACCAACUUUUAUGCAACCAUAUUUGCGUUAUAUAAUGACUUCAAUUAUAUAGGUAAUUUAAAUUGUCUUCCCUUGUUUUAAGGAUAGAAUUAAUGCUACCAUUAUUAAGUGAAUUACUGUACUUGCAAUAUGUUCAGACCCCUCUUCACUUGCUGAAUAUGCUAGUCCAUUUUGCCCCCUCAAACGCAAAUUUGAUUGGCUGAUGACUUGACCCCCUCUCCUACAUUCACACACGUGUUCACAGCCGGUGUUCUGUGAAAUUUUUCACCCUGAUACUAUUUUGCUCCCGAAGCUUUUGUGGUGCUGAAUAAGCACUCUUUUACAUUCAGUUGGACUCUCUAAAUUAUCCAAAGGAAAGGUGCUCAAUAAACAAGAGAUUAUUAGAUUAAUUACAUUAUUGUUUUUGGCAGCGAUGCCGAGUAGCUGUAACAGCUGAAGUAGUAGCAAGUAGCGCUACCGAUUUCACCAAUGAGACGUCGCAAAAAUAAUCACAUGACUCCAUUAUACCAAUCAGACGCAAGCUGGCCUUUCUAGUUUAAGCCAGUCUGCUAAAUCAUGUGGUCUUUAGCACCAUAAAAAUGAAGUAUUUGAUAUUGAGCGCUGCUCUCAACAUGACUCAAAGGUGCGGAUUUCAAUCUCUAACCCAGUUUUUAUUUGGCACUAAUUGACCAAGGAAAACCGGAUAUAUGCUCAUUUUGAUUUGUAAAUAGUAGGAUAAUAAUGAAGGAACUCUUCACUAUUAAAACUAGGAACUGUUUUCUCCACCAGAGAGCACUCAUGCUCUUUGAACGAAUAAUGCCUCAUUUAUGUUUUUUUUCUCAUUGGAAUUCAAUGAAUAUUUUUUUGUAUUUCUUUGGCUUGAUGUGGUUAUGUAAUGUGUUAUUGUCCAGUAUCAUUAUAACAAUUCAUAUACCAUUGUUUGAAGAAAAAAAAAAUCAAACAAAAAUAAGCAGUUACUCAAAAUGUUACUCUUACUUGAGUAUUCUUUUCACUGUAUACUUUUUUACUUGUAAUUGAGUACAUUUUUUAGAUGACAUACUUUACUUGAGUAAUAGCAACAGUAACUCUUACUUGAGUAAAAUUUUUGGCUACUCUAUCCACCUCUGCGUUGAAAUAUUGCAAUUUAAAUGUGCUUAUAAAACCCAGACACUUAUUCUGGAAGUUUCAAAAUGUUUCUUUAGUAGUUUUUAAAAACAAAGGUUUAAUCAAACGGUAUACCACCGAAACCAAUACAUAUGCAUUGCAACCCCCCCACCCCCCCAAAAAAAAUAACCUCCCUUGUUUUCAGUGUAAAUCUACUAGAAAUAAGUGAAAUUAUCUGCUAGUGAUUCAAGUAAAUUUUACUCACUUAGAUUUCUUGAAAUAAGAAAAAUACCUUAAUACCUAACUUGUCAGAAAUGUUCUUAAUUCAAGAAUAGAUAUUGUUCAAAACAUUCUUUAAAAGCAUUUUUUUCUUGAUUUAGGUGAAAAAUGACCAGUUAUAUGGCCCAAAUAAGAACGAAUACUGUAGUAAUAGUAAUAUUUACUUAAAGUAAGUUGAAGAAUCUGAUGCAUUAAUCUGUUAACCAGCCUUUAACACUUAGAACAAGAAAAUUAUUCGACUAGAUUUAAAAAGAAUGAUCAGAUUAAGACAUUAUAAAUUUGCAGUGUGGAAGUUAAAUAAAUUUGUAUUAAUUUAUUUUGCAUUAAUAAUUUAGCCCAUCAAUUAAUUUGGUUCAUAUUGGUGAGAAGUGUAGCCCUGACCACCGUUCACCCAAUCUGCUUGGUCUUAUUAAUGUCCCGUCUCAAGCAAAAAGUGUACAUUGAAGUUAUGCUGUUAUAUUGUCCCUACCAAUAUUGCGACCAAACCUACGCCCUUGCAUUAUGUAUUAGAUUUUAUUCUCAUAAAACUAACCUUUUUUCUUAUAAUUACUGCUUGAAUGUGUUCGACUUGAUACUCAUCAUAUUGUGGUCUUUUUUUGGGUUGUAACGUUGGUACUGCUUUUAUCAUUUCCCCCAUUUACAGUGCAGCUAUUCCCAUACUUGGUUGUCACAGUAUUUCAGACAAAAAAAAAUGCUUUUAAUUUUUAAAAUCACAAUCUUUUUAUUCUUUGUGACAUACAUCAAUCCAUUGAUUUAUACUGUGUUCUAUACUGUACAAUUGUUUUUGCUCAAGUGUGUAUUGUUAAACUCAUUGGCUGCCCCUGACAGCAAUGGAUGUCCAAUGCAUUUUGAAAGUCAAAAUGAUAUGGACAUCUUUUCACCUUAUUUAAAAAAAAAAAAAAAAAAAAAAAAAAAAAAAAAAACUUUAAAUAUUUAAAAACCUAAAAAUGAUGUAACUUUUAAAAAUUGUAUUUAUUUUGUAUGAUUACAGCAUUUUUAAUGUAAAUGAAUGGAUUGGAUCCCUAUCAUUGUCAAUGGCAGCCAAAUGAGUUAAAGCUUUUAUAAACUGUGUUCCAGUAAAUGUACAUACUCAAUUGCAGCAUUUCAUUGAGUGCUUCAAACAUACAGUACUGUAAAUUCAGCUGUGUUACGUAAUUACACUUCAAAAUGCUUGAUAUUGUUUCAUUGAACACCAUGCGUCUAUUAAAUUAUUCCACGUCCUCUCUUAACAUGUAAAGCACAUUUACUGUGUUGCUCUGAUGAUGGAGGGCACUGGAUAAUGGAUUUUUUUUUUAAUUUUGUUUUUUACAUUGCGACAUGCAUGUUUACCAUAUUCAAAAUUAGCGCAGAGCAGAAUGUAAAUAAAACUGUGUUUGACUGAUAACAGCAUGUCAAGUCUCCAAGUGGUGUCACGUAAUAGCGGACUUUGUUAAAACAGUUUUAUAAAUGUCAAGAUUUUUUUUUUUUUCACAGGCAUUGACUACACCCCCUCAUGAAGUAUACUGUGUGUCACAAAAGUGAGUACACCCCUCGCAUUUCUGCAGAUAUUUAAGUAUACAGUGGGGCAAAUAAGUAUUUAGUCAACCACUAAUUGUGCAAGUUCUCCCACUUGAAAAUAUUAGAGAGGUCUGUAAUUGUCAAGAUGUGUAAACCUCAACCAUGAGAGACAGAAUGUGGGAAAAAAAAAAACUGAAAAUCACAUUGUUUGAUUUUUAAAGAAUUUAUUUGCAAAUCAUGGUGGAAAAUAAGUAUUUGGUCAACACCAAAAGUUCAUCUCAAUACUUUGUUAUGUUUCCUUUGUUGGCAAUAACGGAGGCCAAACUUUUUCUGUAACUCUUCACAAGCUUUUCACACACUGUUGCUGGUAUUUUGGCCCAUUCCUCCAUGCAGAUCUCCUCUAGAGCAGUGAUGUUUUGGGGCUGUUUUGUGCACAGCAGUGAUGUAACGAAACAGUCCAGUCCGUGUGAUUGGCUGUUUAGAAGGAGACGUCUGAUUGGCUGCAGACAGGCUUCGUUUAUAAAAAAUGCAUGUGUUUUUUCCGGCUGCGGGAACGAAGUGUUAAAACAAUCAACACACUCGUAAGUGGGAAUUUGAAAUUGGAAGCAUGUUAUAGAUGCGUGUAAAACAAUUCACACGCACUUUUGACGAAUGUGUGUGUUUUGCGUGCUAUGUGUUUACGAAUCCCACAAUACGUAUGUGUUUCGUGUCCCAUGUGUUUACAAAUCCCACAAUACGUGUUUGUUUCAUGUUAAAGGAGUGUGUGCAUCGCGCAUGUGUGAGUGUUCCUUAUGAGACUAAUCUGGUCCCGUAGAAAAGCACCGACACAAGCAACGACAAACUGAAAAAAAAUCAAGUCAAGGCAUGGCUGUACUGUAUAUUGAAGUUUAGUUGUAUUUUCUAUAGUGCCGUGCAGUGUGUUCAUGGAUGGCAACCCUUAUAUGUGAAUGAUGGGGAAACCAAAUGAAACCAACUCAACUGUAACUUCAUCUCCAAAGCCUUUACUGCGCGCUUGUUUUGCCGCACCUCAGCUACUGCUUAGAGAUCUGGGGCCACACAUACGCAACACAUCUUUGUCCAUUCAUUAUCCUUCAAAAAAAAGCCAUUAGAAUUACUCAUAAAGCACCGUUCAGAGCGCAUACAAACUAACUUUUCAUCAAGUCCAAGCUAUUAAAAUUUCAUGACUUGGUUAACUUCGAAAACGGCUCAAAUGAUGUACAAGGCCCACGCAAACAGUCUCCCGACUAACCUACAAGCAUUGUUCCAACUAAGGGAAUCCUCCUACGAUUUGAGAGGAAACAUUGUUUUCCCAUCAGAUUACUUGGACAACAUUGAAAUCGUUCUCGAUUACGAACACUGGGGCUCGCCUAUGGAAUACAUGUGAUGCAGCGCUUACAAAUGUAAAUUCAUUGAGUUACUUCAAAAAGAUGUACAGAGAAAACAUAAUAAGACAUUACAUUGACCGAAAUGAGUCAUAACUGCACAGCACACACACAUCACAGAUGUGUUGUUCUCACAGCAAAGGUUGAUUAAAUCUCAGGGUCAGAGAAUAGGACAUAACAAUGCUCUAGAGCAGGGGUCCCCAACCUUUUUUGCACCACGGACCGGUGUUAUUUGGGUAUUUUUUUCACGGACCGAUGUUCUGACAAAUUUUGCAACCCAUCAAAAAUUGCAACGAUGCGGUUUUGCGCAUGCGCGUAACGUUAAACAUAGCCGCAAAAUGCGCAAAUGCAGCGAUUCCAAAGUAAACACUACAAACUUUCUUGAAAGAAAGGAAUAUUAACUUACGGUUGAUCAUGGAAGGACUUGUAGAAAAGUUCUCCUCAGAUUCAUCCUGCCAUGUAAGCUUCACAAAACAGCUGCACACCGCGCUCACCAUUAACGACUUCGCCUUGUCGUUAAACAUUAAUUAAGAAGCCCGCUUCACAAAGAUACGAUGUUGGGAAUUGUAGCAAGGUUUUCAACACUCUUGUCGCGAUGUCAGGAUAUUACAGAAUGACUUUAAUCCAGAACCUCGGUAGAGUUGUUGUCUCAAAUGUACGUUUGAUAAGGUCGCCGUCAUUUGCGAUCUCUCUGUUUAUUCACAAACGGGUCA